UGUGGAGGGUAAACAGAGGCUGGAUCCCUACCACACUACCACACUAUCUGGAGUAGCUUCAGAUACGUUCAGGAGCCAGUACAUGCCCAGUACUUGCCAACAGUGUGUGAAAGAGACGUGACCGUUCACCCAAGCGGCUAACGAACUGAUCAGUGGUGAAGAGGAUAAAAGUAUAUAGAGAGGAAUCUUCAUAAUGAUGGGUUUGGGGUAAUUUUACUUGAUCCCUCUGCAACUAAUUGAACGGUAGUUUGUACACGAAGUGGUGUAAGGAAGAUAUGGAGAGGAAGAGGUGCUGACUCACUGAGGAUCAAGAUGGCUACCUGUGACAGUGACCGCCUCUCGUGGACAGGCCACAGUCUUGUGCUGGCCAAUAGCUUGUAUCGCCUCUAUGCUCAGUCGUGCCUCUUGGACGUGAGGCUGGUGUGUGAUGAGGCUCACAUAUAUGCACAUAAGGCGGUGCUGGCUGCCGGGAGUCGGUUCUUCAUGGAUCGCCUACAGUCACUUGGUUCAGGGAUGGUAGAGCUACACAUGUCCACUGCUAACCUUGGCAUGCUCAUUGCUCCAAAUGACUUGCGUGCAGUGGUGGAGUACAUGUACUGUGGAGAACUCUUGGUGCCUCACCAUCGUUUGCCGCAUGUCUUGGCUCUUGUGCGCUCCCUUCAAGUCUUUGGAUUCCAAGCGGAUGCAGGAGGAUAUAUCACAGGACCAGAACCACAGUAUAUAGCACACGCUGACAUGAACUACACAUCAAUAGAUACCUCAGGUGUGAUGGAAAUAACCACAGAUAAUUCCCUCAUGCAGUUAGAAAGAACUGAAAGCAAUUGUGGACUUGGUGACAACACAACCAUUCCUCUGGUGGCUGUUAAACCCCAUGAACAAGGCAUACUACAGGACCCUCCUAAAUAUUCUGAGCCACUAAAAAUAGACACCAACAUUAAUGCACUUGGCUCCUCCACCAACAUGUCAUUCAGUGAACUGUGCACUGCACCAGGGACAGAUGGGGAUGCCUUUGCCAUUCAGUGCAAUCAGAUGAAGAAUAAUGUUCCUUCAAUAUUUGAAAGUUCAGUGUUAGAAGAAACCACAUCAGUGUUCAAGAGCAGACCACCGGAGUGUGGCGAGGUGUACGGCAAGCCUGACGGGGACGUGGUGUACACGGGAACCGUUCUCAAUUUUAGGGGUGAACCUGAAGUUGUUAUUGAAGGUGGAAGGAUAUUGAACACAACACUAGAAGAACAUGGAAAAGAGGAGCGCAGUGUUCAGAUAGACCCUCGACAUUCUAACACGUGUGUCCUGGAAGGUGACACAGAUGAUGCUUAUAACACUUUCAUGUUGCUGGAGGCUCUGGCAGCAGAUGCUCCGAGUCCAUCAGUGGUGGACAUGGAUAGCAUUCUUCUGUCUGACGAGGCUAAAAUGACCAUCAGUCCCAGGUGGCUGCGAUCUCGGAGGUCUCUCCGGGCUACUGCAGAUUCUCGAGUAAGACUAAAGGUUAAGGACAGCAUCGGCGGUGUGUCUCUUCAAGAUACGUCUCAGCGGCAGUCGGCAAUUUUCUCAUCGCUCCCCUCAGUUAGCCCAGAAGAUCAGACAAGUACAAGGAACAACAAGGAAAACUGGAUGGUAGUUUUACCAGAAGGCCGACCUCCAGUGAUUCCCCACAUACCUGGUGCCAACACUCUUCAUGCACAACCAUCCAUCACUGACACCGUCACGUUGCCACAAAUAUUGAACGAGGGGCCUCUACACGUACAUUCCUCUCUGGCCAAUUCGUCUCUUUUAAACCGAGCCACGGCCUCAAACACGGUCCCCUUAAUAGCCUCCCCCAUGUCUAUGGCUACUCCACUUUUAACACAAACUACAUGUCCAAGUAGUCUAUCUAUGUUUAGUCACUCCACUGUUGCUAAUAGUAAUCCAUUGUUAGCACAGUCUUCUCUCCCCAACCCAACUCCUCUACUUACCCAAUCUAACUUCUCUUUCACCCCAUUUCUUCAGCCAUCUGUCUUGUCCACAGCUGUUGUUAAUCAGCCAGACCUCUCACAAGUUCAUCAUACUUUAUCUACUGUUCCUAUGCAGGCUGUCCCUGUUCAGUCUGUAGAUGGUGAAGCUCUUAGUAUUUCAUAUCCUACAGAUUCUUAUUCCCAGUCAACCAGCCCCAUGUUCACUCAGUCAUCUGUCUCACCUGGUCACAUUUUGUCACAAAUAUCAUCAGUUCCUUCUCACAUACAGUCUUCAGGUCCUACACCAUCUCCUCUAAGUGAGUCAUCUGUAUCAAUCCUGACCCCCAUCACACAGUCAGGGACACCUACAACCUCGACAUAUUCUUCCUCUCUGCCACACUCAUCAGUAACCACAGUUCCUCUCAUUAUAGAGUCAUCUGGGUCUUCUGCUUCUAACCCCAGCUUAUCAAAUUCACUUGCUUUGCCAUCUUCAGAUUCCAGUAGUAGUAUUCUUACUCAGUCAUCCCUAUCCACUCCACAGUUGGCCAUGUCCUCCAUAUCCACAACACCCAUGCUCUCUCACUCAUCCUCUUCUUCUAAUCCAUUGGUAAUACAGCCCUCUAUUGGCUCAGCUCCUACUAUGUAUCCACCAAUUAUGUCAACUCCUUCUGUACACCCUUCUGUUGUAUCAAACAUCAGCUCUUCCUCAUCAAAUACUAUUUUCUCUCUCACUUCUGCUUCUUCAUUUGCAACUUCUUCGCCCAUAGUAACUUGGCCAAAUUCCCCUUACCUGUCACACACAACUACUUCUCUGACACACUCCCCCAUUGCUUCUCUUUCUCCCACAUCUAAGUCUUGUAGUAGUAAUACAACAACAUCAACUUCCUCUUCAUCAUUGUCACCACACAUCAGUGCUCAGCCAGUAUCUUCAGCAGUUACUGUAAACUCAUCUGUUAACAUUUCUGAGAGUGUAACCACAUGUAAUAACAGCACAUCAACCUCUGUCACUCCCACUGUCAACACAACCACUACCACCACAGUGUCAUCAAACAAUUGUAAAGCCAACACCACCCCAUCAGGCACUGUGCCCUCUAGUCCUGGAUUAGUGCCAGAAGAACACAGUGGUAGUGAGGAGGAGGACGCCCAUAAAUGUUCACAGUGCCCUAGAAUGUUCAAGCACUUGGAUAAACUCACCCUUCAUCUGUGGAAUGAACAUGAAAUUGGUACUGUAGCCAAAUGUCAGCUGUGUGACUUCAGCAGUCCUCUACAUAGUUCCUUGGUACAACAUGCAAAUUCUCACAUCACCAAAGACUGUAACACCUGUGCUGUGUGUAACAAAAAGUUCAAGACUCGUGCUACAGUCAAGACCCACUUGAGAGUACAUCGCGGGGAGGAGGUCAUGUACAAGUGUGAAUGUUGUCCUGUGAUGUAUAGCCAGAAGUUCAACCUAAUUAAACACUUGGCGUCAAAACACCAACGUGAUGCAGAGGGUCGACCCCUCACUCAGUCCCUCUCAUGCCCUGAAUGUGCCUUUACUACCCUCGCUGACUACAAGCUUAAGGCCCACACUGUGCGUCGCCAUACAAUAGACAAGCCUUUCAAGUGUAAUCACUGUACGUAUGCAACGACGGAGAAAACGGCUCUGGCCAAGCACAUAAGAACACACACGAAGGAGAAGCCAUAUGUCUGUGAAACUUGUGGAUUCCAUGCACCAACAUUGAGUAGUUUGUGGCGUCACCGUCGAAGUCACACCGGUGAGAAGCCAUUUGAGUGUGAACAGUGUGGCCAGCAGUAUGCAGAUAGCAAACGUCUACGAGACCACAUGUAUAAACACAAUAAUGUGAAGCCGUUCAUGUGUCAUAUGUGUGGGUAUACUUGUAGACGCAAAGACAACUUACAGACUCACCUGCACAAGAUUCACAAGAUAGAGGACCAGAAGGGUGCUGGUGUACCACGGGCGCGGGGACCUGUGCUGCCUCGCUCAGGAAAGUCUAAAAAAGUGAAGGCAGGAUCAGUUGUCCAAACCCCCACUGAUCCUCUUAAAAAUACACCAGAGGCGACUCAAGUUACCUGCCUAGAUGAUAUCAAAAUCAAGAUGGGACCAGAAGUGUCUGAAUUACAGGUAUGGCCAGAUCACAGCUAUGACACCCGUAACCUCACACAGGGGAGUGAUGGUGGGUCACUGUUGCUUGGCAGUACUGCACCAGUUGUGGGCUGUGGGGGUGAAAUGGAUGCCAGUGAUGGAAGAGAACUGAUGGCCUCCCACACAUCAUUCACGACUACUCUUGCCACACCAACGCUUCAGAGUCCUGGAUGUAUAACCAUUGGUGGCACUCCCCCGGCACUGCAGCUUGGAUACCUACUGCCCAUCACUGCCCCUCCAGACCCCACCAUAACCCUGACCUCCUCUACUGAUGGAGUUAUAUUAGUAGGUCAGACCCAAGUUUCUCACACAUCUAAGCCUUUUCUAUGAACUAUGUUUUUAAGUAAGCAUUCCUUUAGUUAUCUGAAAGUUUGUCUUAUGGGAAGCUUAUUCAGCUGAUUAUAGAACAUGUAUAUACAGUAAUUGUAUGUAAAUCAAGUAUAUUUUGUAUUACAGAUAAAUGUAUUUCAUGCUGGAAAAUUAAGGGUUGUUAUUCAAACUUGCAAACACUUAAGCCUUCAGCAUAUACAAAACAAUACCAAAGAAAAUAUUGUACAGUAUUUACAUAAUAAAAGUAUAAUUUCUUUA